AGUAAAUAUUUGAGGUUAUGGAUUAACUAGUGUCCUCUGAAUUCAAUGGUGGACUUCUAUGAUUCAGCCAGGGAGUUGUGGAUUCGGUUGUGCAAUGGGUAGAAUCAUUUCUCUUCUGGUGUUUUCAGCUGCCUUCAUAUUGCUUAAUGGAUAUGAAGCCUCAGUGUUUUAUAGCAGCCAAGAAGCCAAUCAGGUCCUGAAGAUUCAAAAGCGGGCAAAUUCUUUCUUAGAAGAAUUAAAGGCAGGUUCCUUGGAAAGAGAAUGUGUAGAAGAACAGUGUGAUUUUGAAGAAGCUUGUGAAAUAUUUGAAACCAUGGAACAAACUCUAAGUUUCUGGGCAAAAUAUAUUGAUGGAGAUAUGUGUGUUUCCAACCCAUGUUUGAAUGGAUUCUGUCAGGAUGGCAUUGGGCGAUUUGACUGCAUAUGUAACAAAGGCUGGGAGGGACGAUUUUGUCAAAAUGAGGUCUUCUUUACUAACUGCUCCUUUGACAAUGGUGGCUGUGAACAUUUCUGCCAUGAGUUUGAAAAGAACAAUGAGCAAUACCGCUACUGCAGCUGUGCUUUGGACUAUCACCUGAUGGAUAAUCAUACUUCUUGUGAACCUUCAGUGCAGUAUUCCUGUGGGAGAGUUGUGGAAUCCAAAUUAAAGGUUGCAAAAAUAAUUGGGGGUAAUCCUGGAAAAAGAGGACAUAGCCCUUGGCAAGUUAUGCUGGGCAAUAGUGCAGGAGAAUUUAAAUGUGGAGGCGUUCUCAUUCAUCCUGCUUGGGUAUUGACAGCUGCACAUUGUGUAUUUCAAGAACCAAGAAUCAAACUGACCUUUGGUAAAUAUCACCGACGGCGAAUAGAUGAAAGUGAGAUAACUAUCAUUGCUGACAAGAUAUUCUAUCAUGAAAAUUACUCUUCAGUCACCUAUGAUAAUGACAUUGCAAUACUACAUCUAUCCCACCCAGUCGUUGUCAAUAAGUAUAUUAUACCGAUUUGCUUGCCUACCCAAAACCUGGCAAAUCAACAGUUGAUGACCGAAGGGAUUCAAACAAUAGUGACAGGCUGGGGAAGCCAGAGUACAAAUCAUAAGAAGAAUUUCUCCUCAGUUCUCCAUUUUAUUGAAAUCCCUGUAGCAUCACGGAAUGACUGUAUCAAUUCUAUGUGGAAUUCUCUAACAGAUAACAUGUUCUGUGCAGGGAUACAAGGAGAUAUACGGGAUUCUUGUCAUGGAGACAGUGGUGGUCCUAUGGUUGUAAAAUUCAAGAACACCUGGUUCCUACUUGGAAUAGUGAGUUGGGGAGAAGGCUGUGGGGAUCCUAAUAAUUUUGGAAUCUACACUAAGAUCGGUUCAUAUCUUGACUGGAUCAGCCAGAAAAUGAAAUCAUAAAAUUAUUAUGCUAACGAUCAAUAAAAACAGAACAUACUAGUGA